GUCCAAAAAAAGACGGAUGUUUUGAGCCAAAUGGAGACUGGAAAGACCGAGAUAAGUUCUUCUAUCAAAGAUGGAGCUGAAGAAAUCAGUGAAACUCUUCAGGAGAGAAAGGAAAAACCUUCAGGGCCCAGAAUGACCAAGGCUUUCCUCAGAGAUCACUGUAAGCAACACAAACUUUAUUUCACACCUUGCCUGAAUGACACCUUAUACCUGCAUUUCAAAGGGUUCUCCAUGAUCGAGAACCUAGAGGAGUACACUGGGCUGCGCUGUCUCUGGCUGGAGAGCAAUGGUCUCCAUCGCAUCGAGAACCUGGACCACCAAAGAGACCUGCGCUGCUUGUUCCUUCAGCAGAACCUCCUCCACAAGCUGGAGAACCUAGACCCCCUGACGAAGCUCUGCACCCUAAACGUCUCCAACAACUACAUCCGCGUCAUCGAGAACAUUUCCUGCCUCCCAAACCUGAGCACUCUGCAGAUCGCCCACAACAAGCUACAGACGGUGGAGGACAUCGACCAUCUGAGACAGUGCCCUGCCAUCAGCAUCCUGGACCUGUCCCAUAACCUGUUAGACGACCCUGAGUUCCUCUCCGUCCUGGAGGCCAUGCCAGACCUAAGAGUGCUAAACCUCAUGGGAAAUGGUGCGAUGAAGAAAAUCCCGAACUACAGGAAGACCAUGAUCGUACGCCUCAAGCAGCUCAAUUUCCUGGAUGACCGCCCCGUGUUCCCCAAAGACCGGGCCUGUGCUGAGGCAUGGGCGGCCGGUGGUCUGGAAGGGGAGUGUAAAGAGAGGGAGCAAUGGGAGACCAGGGAGAGGAGGAAAAUUCAGGACAGUCUGGAUGGUCUUGCCAAGAUUCGAGAGGAAGCCCAGAAGAGAAAGCGCCUUCGACAGCUGGAGAAGGAGGGGGGAACCACAGCUUCUUCCACCACUUCAGAGGAUCCACAUGAGGAAAAAGAUGAACAGGGUUUGAUUUCUCCACAAGAAGAGAAUAUUCAAACAUUUGCACAGAGCUGCCAGGAUGAAGAAUACCUGCAGACACAAUCGGCAAAGGAGUCGGUCAAAAAUCAGCCAGACGUCAACGACCGAGAGGAAGAACAGCUGAGUGAAGAAGACAGAGAAGAGUUUGUGAAUGAUGAGCAUAAUAAAACAGCAACAGAGCAGGAUGUGGGAGGGGAUGAAGAAGGGCCAAAUCCAAAGUAUUCAGCACAGGAACAAGAGGACAUGAGAAUCACAGGAGAGGAAGAUGAAGGAGAAGAGGGAGAUGAAGAAAAAGAUAACAGGCAACAACAAAAACUUGGAAAUGUGUUUUCAGGAAAUGCAGAGGAGGGAAAGGCGGCAGACCCAGGAGCUCAGUCAGAACAGAAACAUCGACCCUUGGUUGAGGCAGCUCUUCCUGAGCCAGACCAGAUUGUACCUGCUUAUGGUCCAGGACCAUUGGUGACAGAGCUGGAAGACCCAGAGCAAAUCGAGACCAUCCCCCUAACAUCAGAUUGCUUGCUGCGUAUCGAUGACCUACCUGACCUGGAGGAUGUGGACACAGAAGACUUCCCAGACAUUCAGCCAGCAUUCAAACCCAAAAUAGAGUUUUUAUCAGGAGGCAACGAUGAGGACGAAGCAGUUGGGAAUCAUCAGAGGGAAAGCCUCGGCUCUGGUCCAAAUAAAACCUCGCUGUUCUUUAUGGGUGACAGUAAACGGUCAGCAGAGGAGUCUAUCAGCUCAUCAUCACUGCUGUUUCCAGAGCAUGACGAUGACUUUGAGGUCUGUGAACCUGCAGGGAAGUCCAAAUCAGUCCAACCUCCAUCUCCAUCACGCUGCUUAAUCGAGGAGCUGGACUGA